AUGCGUUUGUAUUUGUAUAUCUUUUUGUUGUGUACAAUAACUUUGCUGACAUCAAAUGCUGUUGCGAAGGCGGACGAGGAGUCGAAUGCGGCAAGUAAAGCUGCGGAGCUGCUUUCAGUGGACACCGGUAUUGAACAUAGCAAUGAGAAGCCACGUUUAGUGCGACAAUUCGGCUUUGGUGGACCAGGCUUUGGUGGCGGCCCAGGUUUUGGUGGCGGCGGGUUUGGACCUGGCUUUGGUGGCGGCGGUUUCGGUGGUCCAGGCUUUGGUGGUCCAGGCUUUGGUGGACCAGGCUUCGGUGGCCCAGGCUUUGGUGGUGGUGGUUUUGGUAGACGUGGACGAUUUGGUGGAUUUUAUGGUUAG